AUCUGCACACCACGCAGUCGUACCAGCGAAACACCACCACCGCGGGGGGGGGGGGGGGGGAGAGUGAAAGUAAGAUUUGGUAAAUAAGGUAAAAAAGUAAAAGAAAAGGUUAUAUUUGUAAUUAAAAUAAAAAUGUCGAAAGUUGAAAAGGUAGAGAAAGCAAAUGGAGAAAUGGAGAGGUGGAGGGAGCAACACCCAAUUUGAAGCCAACAAUAAGUUCUCCAUGCCAAUCCAUGAUGAGAGCUCGAGACAACUAAAGUUAGAGGCCGAACCCCACAAGAAUAUACAGAAUAAUUUUCAAUUCAUAGUGGUGGCAUUUGGCAAGAAGAGGGGUCCCAACAUAUUACUAUUGGUUAGGGCGGAUGAGAAGAUAAACAGCAGAUUCAAUUUCAUUAUCCAUUCAAUGGGAGUUGCAGCACAAACACAAAUACAAUUAGAGCUUCGCUUCAAAAUCUAUGAAAUUGAAAUGGUGAGUGGAAUAAGCAACAAAAGCUCACUACUUGAGAGGAUGAAAAAGCUGUUGAGACGAGAUGGAUGGAGGUACAGAGGGGCGCCGAGAGAGAGGAAGAUGGAAGAAAAUAAUGUGCACGCCUCUAAAUUAAGGAUGGUUUUCAUGGUUGUAUAUUCAUGAAAUUGAGAAGCAAAUGUUACCUUCUUUCUUUAAUGGCAAAACUGAAAAUCGGACGCCAGGUGUAUACACGGAGAUACGAAAUUGGAUAAUGAAGAAGUUUCAUUCAAAUCUGAAUGUGCAAAUUGAAUUGAAAGAUAUGUCACAGCUUAAUGUUGGAGAUAUGGAUGCUAGGCAAGAGGUAAUGGAGUUUCUGGACUAUUGGGGUUUAAUUAACUUCCACCCAUUCCCUUCAAUGGAUUCUGCUGUGACCACUGCCAGUGAUGACGGAGAAGCAGAAAAAAGUUCUUUGCUUGAAAAAUUGUAUCAUUUGUUCACGGUGUAAGUUAUAUUAAAUUACAUCAUUUAAAAAUAUUAAACAUCCUCUGUAUUAGAAAAUCUUAUUAUACUUUACUAGAUUAUUCUCUAUUAUUUAGAAUAUCAUCACCCCUUUAAACUGGUAAGCCAGAAAA